AUGGCGACAAAGCCUCAGCCGCCAACACCACCUGGCAGGGCGACAAAGCCUCCGCCACCAACGCCACCUCCCAAGGCGACGAAGCUUCCACCGCCAACACCAUCUCCCGAGGCGACAGAGCCUCCACCGCCAAUACCGCCGCCACCGGAGGGGACGCAUCCUCCGCCGCCUACACCACCUGGCAGGGCGACGAAGCCUCCGCCGCCAACGUCACCACCCAAGGCGACGAAGCCUCCGCCGCCAACACCACCUGCGAAGGCGACAGAGCCUCCGCCGCCACCGAAGGUGACGCAGCCUCCGCCGCCAACACCACCUCCCAAGGCGACAAAGCCUCCGCCGCCACCAAUGACCACACCACCACAGACGACGCCGCCUGAAGCAGUGACCACGACGGAACGCCCGGGCAUACCUCGCUACACUACCCUGUGCACGGUGAGCUACCUGUACUCCGAGCUUGCCUUGCCUUUGGGCGGCGAGUGCGACAUCAUCUUCUACGACUCGCUGCUCCUGCGCCCGGAGGACACAUUCAUGGGCAGCUUCACCAACGCCUACAUGAAGCCCAUAUUCGACGCCGCCAAGGAAAGCAACAUCAGCCACAACACCCAAUUCGGGAUGUCCGUGCACGCACCCUUCCACGGCAACGCCUACGAGGAUACAGAAGACUGGCUUGAGGAGUACAAGCGCGUAGACAAGUCUAACGAGUGGCAUGCUGGACAGAAGCUACCCCAUGUGUAUUUGUCUCUUGAAGGUGGAGGCUGCACGUGA